UCCUCCCUUUCUCUACCUUUCUCUUCCUUCCCUAUCCUCCCUACCCACCCCUACCCCGCCCAACCUGGAAAGAGGAAAAUGCAUUGAGUCUUCACUGGGUUGGUGCCUGCCCUAUCUGGAUCCCCAACAAAACUCCUUUGUAGCCAUCCCCAGGAAGCUGGUACUCCGAGGUUCUCAGAACACAUACCCAUCUCCUCGUGGUUCAUCUGAGUCUACUGUAUCUUGAGCCUCAAAUGCUUGCAGGUGAACAGAAAACCCAGAGUGCACAAGGCUCAGAGCUGGUACUGCUGCUCUGGGCUUCAGGCUUGGCAGCCGAGCCCUCCCACCCUCAGCUGUGGGCUAGAACCACAUCAUGCAUUUUGUAGUAUUAUAGAACUGCUGCAGCAGCUGGUGUCCCAAGAACCAUCCAUCUCCCUGUGCUGAUGGCUGCUGUAUUUCCAUCUCCAGCCCUGACUCUAGAGCCCUCCUCGAUGCCUGCUGUUCUGCACCUCAGUGAAGGAUCCUCAGUGCUUUAAAUUACAGCUUCUCAAAUAUGCAUCCACCUGAUCCCUGCACUGACUCCUUUCUUGUUCUUCCUAUCUGAGCCCUGUCCCAGCAUCCCCCACACCCUAUAGACUGCUCUGAUGGCGUCUCCAGCUGCUCUUCCAGAGGACCUGGGUUCAAUUCCCAGCACCUAUAUGACAACUUACUUACAGAUUGGAGUCUGUAACUCCAAUCCAAGGGAUCUGAUGCCAUCUUCUGGUCUCUACGGGCACUAGGUACACACAUGAUACACAGUCAUACAUUCAGGUAAAAUGCCCAUGCACGUAAAAUAAAUAAAUAAAAAGAAAAAAGAUAAAUAAUACAGAGCAGGCACAGGUCACUUAGCAAGGUCAAGGCCCGCAGGGCAUCACAAAAAACACCAGCAAGAUGGAUGGCACCAGCAAUGUCUCACUCACUCAUGAUGACAGCACACUGGGCCUGGCAGAGUACAAGGUGGUCUCAGUCUUCCUAGUGCUCCUGGUGUGCACCAUGGGCAUCGUAGGCAAUGCCAUGGUGGUCCUGGUGGUGCUGACCUCACGUGACAUGCACACACCCACCAACUGCUACCUGGUCAGCCUGGCUGUAGCUGACCUCAUUGUGCUGGUGGCUGCGGGGCUGCCCAAUGUCUCUGACAGCCUGGUGGGGCACUGGAUCUAUGGACAUGCUGGCUGCUUGGGCAUCACCUACUUCCAGUAUCUAGGCAUCAAUGUUUCCUCCUGCUCCAUCCUGGCCUUCACUGUGGAGAGGUACAUUGCCAUUUGCCACCCAAUGAGAGCACAGACUGUGUGCACUGUGGCCCGGGCCAGACGGAUCAUUGCAGGCAUUUGGGGGGUCACAUCCCUCUAUUGCCUACUCUGGUUCUUCCUGGUGGACCUCAAUGUCCGUGACAACCAGCACCUGGAAUGUGGCUACAAGGUGUCCCGAGGCCUCUACCUGCCCAUCUACCUGCUGGACUUCGCUGUCUUCUUCAUUGCACCCUUGCUGGGGACCCUUGUGCUCUAUUGCUUCAUUGGGAGGAUCUUAUUUCAGAGCCCAUUGUCCCAGGAACCCCAGCAGAAGGAGAGGCAGCCCCAUGGACAGAGCGAGGGUACACCAGGCAACUGCUCUAGGUCUAAGAGCUCCAUGUCCUCCAGGAAGCAGGCCACCAGGAUGCUGGCCGUGGUCGUGUUGCUAUUUGCAGUGCUGUGGACCCCCUACCGCACACUGGUGCUGCUCAACUCCUUCCUGGCCCAGCCUUUCCUGGACCCCUGGGUCCUGCUGUUCUGCCGCAUCUGUGUUUACACCAACAGCGCCGUCAACCCUGUCAUCUACAGCCUCAUGUCCCAGAAGUUCCGGGCGGCCUUCCUGAAACUCUGCUGGUGCAGAGCAGCUGGGCCCCAGAGGUGUGCAGCAGGCGUCCCCACCAGUAACUUCAGUGCUGCCCAGGAGACCUCUCUAGGAACUGAGAAGAUGCAGCCGGGCUCCAGUGAAGUCUCAGGUCUGACAGCAGCUGGUUCCCUGCAUUGCCAACAAGAGCCCCACUUCAGUGUGCUUUGAGGACUCCUGCCUGGACCUGACUCCACUUCCUGGGUUGGCUUACUCUCUGGCAUGGUUGACAUCUUCUCUGAGCACUGGCCGACCAUCAGGAGAGGGGCAGGCAGGUCCUUGCUUCUGGGUCUCCAGAGGUUCCUUUACCAUGAAGGAGGAUACUGGAACCCUCU